AUGGAAUUGGAAGGAGAUGUUGGAUUUCUGGACAGUGAGAAUGACAUAAUCGGAGAAAUCGAUUGGGAUUUUUUGUUCGACGGCUCAAAUAUCUUGGAGGAUGUGUUGGAGUUGGAAAAUCCAGUCGUCACGGCGACUGGUUCAUCAUCGCCAUCACCGUCACCAUCAUCAACGGUGGAGGAUGCUCCCUCUAACUCAUCCCCGGAUUGGAUCGGCGAGAUCGAGACCAUUCUGAUGAAAGACGACGAUGUCAAUGGCAACCAGGUUGUUCCGGAUUCGGUGGAGCCCACUAAUGCUGAAUAUUAUGAGAAGUUUUUGGCGGAUAUACUCGUCGACUCGCCUUCCAGCGAUGCCGGUUCCAACGCCUCCGCCGACUCCGUGAAGGAGAAACUCGACCGAUCCCCGCUCAACGAUGACGAUGACACUGCUGACGCCGACGCCGACGCCGACGAUCCUAUCUCCAAGAAAAGGAGAAGGCAGCUGAGAAACAAGGAUGCAGCGGUGAGAUCAAGGGAGAGGAAAAAGACGUAUGUGAGGGAUCUGGAGAUGAAGAGCAAGUAUUUGGAAGGCGAAUGCAGGAGACUGGGGCGUUUGCUCCAGUGUUGCUACGCUGAGAAUCACGCUUUACGCCUCGGUUUGCAGAUGAACAAUGCUUAUGGGCAUGGACAUGGUGUUUUGGCCACGAAGCAGGAGUCUGCUGUGCUCUUGUUGGAACUCCUGCUGUUGGGUUCCCUGCUUCGGUGCCUGGACAUCAUGUGCCUCGUUGCUCUGCCUCUAAUUCUGAUGGCCGGACUAAGAAAUCCACUGAACAACGUGGCGGCAAACGAAGAUCUAGAAAGUGUGGAUCUAAGGCCAAGAGGGGCAGCAAGUAAGAUGUUUCGACAUUCGGUGCUCCAAUGUUUUUCUAAAAGUAGGAGAUGCAAAGCAUCCAGGACAAAGAUGAAACAUAGUCGAUUUCCUUGUUUAUCGGGUUCUUAUGUGAGCUUUGCUCUCCCGCUUCUAAUGUUAGCAACUUAA